AUGUAUGUUCCCCCGCAGAAUAUACAAAGCACAAGCCUGCUCACAAGGGCACUGUCAGCUGAGCAGAUGCAGCUCGAUAACGCCACUGUUAACAGUAUUGCCGGACAGAAUCAGUACCAACCUGCACAAGACCGCCUCCGCCAGCAACAGCAACAACAGCAGCAACAGCAAUACAUGAUUGCCAUGCAACAGCAGCAACAACUUCCAUACGACCCAUGGUCUACAGGCCAGGUUCUUGCUUCUUCCGCCCCAUUAGAUGUAACACAAGGACCAAGAAUGGUCAACGCCUCUGUCAAUGCCGCUGUCAAUGUCGCGUCCAAUGGGGUCUCAUCCGGUCUAUCGUUGAUCUCUGGCCACAAAGGCAUUGUGAACGACCUCAGUGCAGCCAACGAAUGGACUUCGUUCUUGGCCACAGACGCCUUUGGCGAUUCCGCUGAUGCAGACAUGGAACAAUUAUUGCAGGGCAACGUAAACGAGGAGAAUUGGGGACCCGACGAGCAAAACCGUUUUAGCAUGCCGAAUCCACCUUCCUUCAUGGACCGCGCAGAACGUCAACAAAGACGGGAGAUUCCUGGUCAGGAGAUCGCAAGUCAAACUAGUUUACCUCAAAGUCCUGCUCCGUAUCCAACGUCGUCUCAUUUUGGCAACCAUCUGUACACCCCACAGCAUGUCUCUGCGCUGAGCCAUUUUCCCAGCGGACAUUCGCCUGCCAAUUCGCCACUAUCGCCAGGCAACUACGCCGGCGAUGAUUAUUUCUCCUCGCGCCAAGUGUCACCUGGCCCAGCUGCAUCGCCUGGCGGGCCCUCCAAGAUCAAAUCAAGACCGCGACCAUCCACUUCUACUCCUCGUGUUUCUCAAGGAGGCAUCAAGGCGCUUUUCGGUCAGAGUCUUCCAAAGAACAAUCGCGCCUCUUUGGACCUGAAGACUGAAAGCGCAUUGCUUAGCGCUGGUGGCUUGAAGACCCCUCCUAUCAAAAAGAAGUUUCCCAACAAAUCUCUUUCAGCAGAGAUUCCAGUGGUAAGCAGCCAGGCCCUUAGUGCAGCAAUGGGCGCAGUAGCCAACGGAUCAAUUCAUGGCUCGGGCACCCCAGCAAGUGAGAAUCCCCCUUCUAUGACUCUUGCGGAGCGUCGAGCGGCAGCGGCAGCGGCAGCAGCGGCGGCAGCAGCGGCGGCAGUAACAGGUGGUUCUGACUCUGACCCCAAACCCCAACAACCAGUAUCUGCACAGCCCGAACAAGACUCCCUUAUACCGCCAAAUCUGGGACUUGAUGUCAAGGCCAAUCGUAUUGCCUUGCCACUCAAUCUCACUCCAGGAAAUGAGCCCAUACCUCUCCCCAGCCCCGCACUGCUCACGCCUGGUGCAUCAUCUGCACCGAUUCAGAUCGAGCGCAUUGUCCCACGAAAUUCUUCUUCGCAUGCACGGACGGAAGAGCAACAAAAGCUGUUGGACGAUGCGAUGCGGCGCGUAAACUUUGAAGAUGUGACCGUAGCAGAACUCAAGGAGAUGCUGCGCCAGCGAGGCAAGCAUGGUGGAGGCAAGAAGGCAGAUUUGAUUAAGCGGCUCAAGGAUGAGAUCGAUAGCAUUGAUAAGAAAGGGAGUGCAGCUGCAAAUCGCUCGAAUGCAGCAGCGUCGACGCCGAUGCCCAUCAAUUCACCAUCAACGCACUCACUGCACCGGACGCUUGGCAACAUGCACAUCGGCUCACCACCAGUCCAUUCCAACCUCGCCUCUUCUUCUGCGAACCUUCGUUACACACCCUAUACUGCCCCAUUGGGGUCGCCUGGAGGCACAGGGUAUCCAUUUAGCAACAGUUCAGGACCCAGCCUCGGAGUAAUCAUGCCUCUCCCAAGCCCAGGCUUGACAGGACCAACGAACGGCACGAGCAACUCGAUCAACGGCACAAUGGCGACAGGAGUUGGAGUUGGAAUAGGAGCUGGAGUUGGAGCUGGGACAGGAUUAGGGUCUGGAUCGAUUCCAUCUGCGGUAAAUGGACACGCCCCCAAUAUGCCUAGGACCAUUGCUGUGCAAGGCGGACGUGAUACCAGUUCUCUUUUUGUGGGCUCCCCAAGAAUGUCGUCUCUGCUUGGAUCGUCCUUCAUCUCCUCUGAUGGCACGGUGCACCAAAAUCCGGUUCACCCUCAUAACCAGCGCCAUGCAGCACCGGCAUCAGGUUCAGCGGACAAGGCUUCUUCUCCUUCGAAUUACUCGAGCCCUGCAGGCAGUAGCCUUAGAACCAGCCUGAGCCCAGAGUUUAAUCUAAUGGAAGAUGUUGAGGGCGGUACAGAUGCCUUGAAUGACUUCAAUCUCUCUAUGGAGGGAAAGAAUAUGGACACAGGGACACCUUCAGGUGAGCUGCCCUCGGAUCUUUUUAUGAGUGGUCAAGAAUAUCCUCUGGAUCCCUCCUUUUUGGCGACCCUGGAUGGAUGGCCUUCGUAA